AUAUGUAAGUGCAAGCAAACUCACCUGAAUAUAUUAUAUUUGCUGCUAAAAAGCUGUGUCAAUUUCCAAUGGCUUGUUCUCUCUAAAAAGCGCACUUAGAUGCUUUUUACUCAAAUUCUGUAUUCUGUGUUCGCUUUUCUGCUUCAAAUUCCAUUACAAUUAUCUAGCUUAAAUAUCACACAUUUGUGAUCGUUCCGUAGGCUUCUUUUUGAAGUGAGCAUUAUCUGACAGUCAUCCUAUCCACCAUUGCCCUUACGAGCAAAUAUCGCGCUUCAUGUCCGCGGUCACAAUUAUUUCAAUUGAAUGUGCUGAUCGGGAGUUGUUUUCCAUGCGAUUCCAGUAGCUCAAUCUACAUAUAUAGUUAUAGGUGUAUAAGUCUGUACAUACAUAUGUAUGUAUGUAUAUAAUUUGCCGGUUAUAAAAGAUUUUGUUGCUUCGCAUUUUGAGCAUUUCGUUCUAUGUACUUUCACAUGCACAGCAUAAUAUACAUAUACAUAUGUAUAUAUACAAUGUCCGUAUUAGAAGUACGAACCAGUUUUGGAAUCAAGGCAUAAAAAGUUAUAGGUAGUUUACAAGCCGCAAGUUAGUCUUCAUUCGCCACGUCAUUGCAAGCAUUGUUCUUGUUAGCUUUUAUUUCUACUGUCGUAUAUGCUUUUUGUACUUUUUUGUGUUGUUUUUUUUUCAAAUCUAUAUUUUUAUAAUUUUUUUUUAGCUUAGUAUUCAAAUCACAAGACCCACUUGUCCGUAUUCAAAAGGAAGUUUCAAUUUUUUUCAUCGGUUUCUUUUGACUCACACUCUUAUUAAAUUUUGCGCUCUGGGCGUGUACUGCACACUGACGUCGUUAAUAAUAAACUAUUUAUAUACAUAUGUAUGUUUGUGUAGAUAUAAAGUUGUAUUAAAGCGCUAAAUUGCAUAUAAAGCGCAGCGUCAAGAAUUUUAAUGACGUGUUCACAAAUUCCAUGGAGCCUCUUAACAAAAUGACCUCAAAAGUGAUUCGUUUUACUAGAAUAAUGACGUUUACUGUAUUUUAUGACAGCAUUUUUAGUAUGUUCUAUCCACCCACCUUGGAACCCCUCUUCUUAUUAUUCCAUUAAAAAUAUUUGUACAUACAAGUAUAUAGCAUACACACGCCUUACAAAUUCGCUAGUUGCCUAGUCGAGUGGCUCUCCCAAGUUUUAAGCCACCUCCGUAUUUUGAAUGGAUUUUUAUGACUAGUUUUUUUUAAGUCUCUUUGUGUUACAUGUCUAACGACAUUUCAACUGCAGACUGUCGCCGCAAACCGGCGCAUGUGACAAUCCACUUAUUACACACCCAUGUAUUGACGUGGUAUCCUUAAAUACUCGUUUAUGAAUACAUUUGUAUGCCCAUCUGGUACUAACAACAACCUAAAAAUAUACAAUUUCGUCCUUACUUAAUGCUUAAGAGUGUAUACAUAUGUUAUAUAAUAUAUUGUGAGUAUAUAAUCUGCCCAGCACAUAUGUACAUACAAGCAUAUGCAGAUGGUAUACAUUCUGGCGCCCAACUGACCCGACAAAACUUUCACUUUCAACUUGAACAUAAUUUUGCAUGCUGCGUUUGGCCUCUUUGAGUCAUUAUUAAUAUGGCAGAGCAAUGCAAGUUUAAUGUUUGACCAACUCUUUACUAAGUACAAGUUGCUGCAAGUUGCCUUAUGCCAAUACUUAUCAACUAUAUACUUAAGGUAUGCACCAUAACGAGUCAUAGAAUUGUUGCAUGUUCUCGUUAUACUUUUGUAAAAGAGAAAUUACAUACAUAUAUAAUAAAUAAAUAUUGAUGGUCGCCAAGUGACCGCGGUUUGGCGCCAUCAUUGUUAACAAGUGCGCUGUUUUUUGGCACUCAAAGGACAGAUUGAGACGCAAGUUAAAUAUAAUUUAUUGUGUCUAAAGAAGCGUGUGCUUAUUGAAUGAGGAUGUGUUCUAUUGGCUAUACGCGAGCAAAAAAUAAUGCUAUGGUGGCUUACAUAGAUCCCUAUGUAUGUUACAUAAUUUUAGUUUUUCUAAACCGUAUUCUGCCACUUUUUGGUUUUAGUUUCGGUUUUUGAAUGGCGUCAUCGUUUUGUGUACACAACAAUUUUCUAAAAUACUAUGAGUGUAUUGUACAUACGAGUAUGUAAGUGCUGUUUCACAUGUCAUGGCGUAUGCGUAACACGCUAAGACCAAUAGACCAGUGCGGCCAGGAAAGCUAUGUUUUUAGAUAAUGUAUGUAUGUACAUAUUCGCCACUAGAAUAAUAAAGCGACUGUUUCUUUUCUGUAGUUAUAGUAAUAUAUAAUAAUCGGUUUAGCUUUUUUAAAAAUGACACAUGUAUUUUUCUACAAUAUUUUUUUAUAAUUAAAUUUUCAGAAAGCAAUUUUUUAGAACAAAAUUUUAAUAGUACAAAAGAAUUAUGCAUUUAUUACAAAGAAGUACAUACAUAUGUAUGUUCAGAAGGUGUUUAGUGUAAUUUAAGUUACUGUAAUGAACGUGAUUUAUUACAUUUUUAAGUGACUAAAUAAACUAAGAAACCAAACAAAAUGAGCUCCGCUGAAUAUUAUCCAUUCAAGUGCACCCCUACCGUCUACCCCGCUGAUCCUUUUGAUCCCGUCGAGGAUGCGGCCAUUUUACGCAAAGCGAUGAAGGGUUUUGGCACCGACGAGAAGUCCAUCAUCGAAAUUUUGGCACGUCGCGGCAUCGUGCAACGUUUGGAAAUCGCUGAAGCUUUCAAAACUUCCUACGGCAAAGAUUUGCUUUCCGAACUGAAAUCAGAAUUAAGCGGCAAAUUCGAGAAUGUCAUCGUCGCAUUGAUGACACCAUUGCCACAGUUCUAUGCCAAUGAAUUGCAUGACGCUAUUUCCGGGCUGGGCACCGAUGAGGAGGCGAUCAUUGAAAUUCUCUGCACACUCUCCAAUUAUGGUAUUAAGACCAUUGCACAGUUCUAUGAACAGACCUUUGGUCGUUCAUUGGAGUCGGACUUGAAGGGUGACACCAGCGGACACUUCAAACGUUUGUGCGUAUCGUUGGUACAGGGUAACCGCGAUGAAAACCAGGGUGUUGAUGAAGCCGCCGCUGUUGCGGACGCACAGGCUUUGCAAGAAGCUGGCGAAGGUCAAUGGGGUACCGAUGAGUCCACAUUCAAUUCAAUUUUGAUCACACGUUCCUACCAGCAGUUGCGACAGAUCUUCCUCGAAUACGAAAAUAUCUCUGGUAAUGAUAUUGAAAAGGCGAUUAAGCGCGAAUUCAGCGGCUCUGUGGAGCGUGGCUUCCUCGCUAUCGUGAAAUGUUGCAAGUCGAAGGUUGACUACUUCGCCGAACGUUUGUACGAGUCAAUGCAUGGUAUGGGUACCAAGGACAAGACGCUGAUUCGUAUAGUGGUCAGUCGUUCGGAAAUCGAUUUGGGAGAUAUUAAAGAAGCAUUCCAAAAUAAAUACGGCAAGAGUUUGGAAUCGUGGAUCAAGGGCGACACCUCUGGCGAUUACAAACGUGCCCUAUUGGCUAUUGUCGGAUUCUAAGACCGAAAAUAGAUUUUUAAAGAAAACAAAUAAAACUGAAUGUAUUUUUAAUUUACUAAAAGUACCUAAUGAUGAAAGAAAUAUUGUAUAAACAACGGAAGUCAAACAAGCGAAAUAAAAAUGGCGGUGCUGUUCACCGCUUAUCUCCUAAAAAUAUGCCUUAUAUAUGCACGUCAAAGCGCACAUAAACUUACUCGUUCAUACACAUAAAAUCUCAAGAAAACAUUCUCAACUCAACUACCUAUUUAUCUACUACUUAAUCUGCCUAUAAAUAUACAAUAUGGUUGAAGUUUGAAAAA